UGCUGACGCAACUCCGCGUCCAGUUCAAAACAGGAAGUGGUCCUAUCUGCUGAAGACGAGCUAGCACACAUGCUGCUACGUUAUCUUAACGCUGAACAGGAAUGGGUGUAAAAGGCUUGCAGUAUUUUAUGGAGAAAUGUUGUCCAGAAACCUGUGUGAUGGUGGACUUCAGGGAGAUGGCAAGGCAGCAUGUCAACAGUCACCAACAGGGCAGUAGCACCCCUCUUCCUACACUGGUGGUGGAUGGCAUGGCCUGUCUGAGGCACUGGUACAGUUGUCAAGCUUGGGUGUAUGGUGGUCAGUGGAAAGAGUAUAUGCAUUGCCUGAAGGAGUUUGUGGGUGCAUUCAUGACUGCAGGUAUCCGACUUGUGUUUUUCUUCGACGGGGUAGUGGAAGAAGAAAAACGGGCGGAGUGGGUGAAUCGGCGACUGAAGGUCAACGAGGAGGUUGCCAGGGUGUUCCACUAUUUAAAGUAUCAUGGUCAACAGCCUGGCCGGGAGCUGUUCUGCCUCCCCUCAGGGCUGGCCACCUUCUCUCGCUUUGCCCUCAAGUCUCUGGGCCAGGAGACCUGGUGCUCUGUUCUCGAGGCCGACUAUGAGAUCGCCAGCUUUGCCCUCCGUCACAACUGUAUGGGCAUCCUGGGGCAGGACACAGACUUCAUCAUCUAUGACUCAGUCCCCUAUCUGUCUGUGGCUCAGCUAAGGCUAGACACCAUGACCACCGUGCUGUUUUCCACAGACAAAUUGUGCCACGCCCUCCAACUGCAGAAGAGUGAGCUCCCUCUGCUCGCGUGUCUCCUUGGUAAUGACGUGGUGCCAGAGCAGCGGAUGCAGCGGCUGCGAUGUGAUGCCUUGGCAGCUUACAGGAGGAAAUAUCCACAGUCUCCACCUCAAGGGGAGAAGAUUUAUGCUGUAGCAGAUUUCAUCAGUAGCAACAAGCUGUCCAGAGAGGGAGCCCAUGGUGUUAGCUGUCUGCCUCUAACAGAUAGAGAGGUUCUGGAGAAAGGAGUACAGUACUAUCUACUUCCUGGUCAACAGCCACUAUGGGACAUUAGUGAUACCUCUCCUCGUAGCCCUGUGUGUCUGAUGAAGAGCUACUUGAGUCCUGACAUCCUCCAGGCAGCCAAAGAAAAGCACAUGCGAGCAGAGUGUUUUAUGGUAUACAAUGUACUGUAUGAUGGUGUGGUGGAAUGCAGUAAUACACUUGAAGACAGGGAGGAUGCUGAGCUCACUCCACAGGCAAUUGUGUAUCAAUCUUGCAGAGAACGCAUCUACGGCAUUCUGUUACCCACAAAUCCAGACAGUAGUGGACAGGCCCCAACUGUGAGGGAAUGGUUUGUUUUUCCUGGAAACCCACUAAAGGACCCCAAAGUAGUCUCUCCCUUGCCCCUGAACCACUCUGAUUUGAAGCGUUUAUGGUUUGGGAAGGACUCCGAAACCAAAUGCCUCCGCAUCUCCACCUUCUUGGCUAUAUUUGAGUUGGAUGAAUUCUCAGUGGAGCAUGAUCGUCUGGAUGGCUCUUUGAUGGCUGUGCUGUGCCUUGUGACCUACAUUGCCAUGCAGGUGGGCCACCUCUCCUUGGAAGACAUAGAUGCAUAUCUCAGCCAAGCUAUCUGUGUCAGGUACAAAUCCUACACAGAACUGCUUCACACAAGGGUCUCUCAUGUGGAGCCCCGGGCGGUUCAGCUGGGCUCUCUGUUUGUCCGAGGGCUGACCCACCUGGUGGCCGCCAACAGUGCUUGUGGAUGCCCCUUCCCCAUGGAACAGCUGAUGCCCUGGAACACCUUUGACGGCCUGCUCUUCCACUCAAAGUACCUGCUGGCUCACUCAGGGAGGCCACAGGAGGAGCUGCUGGAGGGCAAUGCAUCCUGGGUGUCCCUGUUCCGUUUUCUGAGAGAGCUGGUCCUGGGAAUAUGCAGCAGGCGUGGCCAGACCAUCCAGUCCAGACCACGGAUAACACAUCCCGGGAAGCAUGUGGAUCACAGCGAGCAGUGGAGGGAAAGAGGAGCCCCAUCGGGACAGCCUGGUCCCUCUCCUCAUCGCUACAGACCCCAGACCAGAUCCCCAUCAGGACAGCAUGGUCCCUCUCCUCAACACUACAGACCCCAGACCAGAUCCCCAUCAGGACAGCAUUUUCCCUCUCCUCAACACUACAGACCCCAGACCAGAUCCCCAUCAGGACAGCAUUUUCCCUCUCCUCAACACUACAGACCCCAGAGCAGAGGUCCUAGAGCACAGGCACAUGAACACAACAGACCAAGAUCAACACAUCCAAACAGGAGGAGAUAUCACCUGGCACCUAGGUGGCAGAACCCCCAUCCUGAUUUCCCCUGACUGUCAGUGUUGAGUGGACAUGCCUUGCUGGGACCAUCUUACAGAAUUGUCCUGUUAAGAGCAGCACAGCCCAACACACUCAGUAGAUGUGUCUGAUAUUAGACUGACUUGUGUUGAACUUUGUGAACACAGUUUGUGUUACCAUAACCUCACUAUCAGUUGGAUUGGCUUGGAGAAAUGUAGGUCAUGUAACUGUAUGAGAUAUUGGUUGCAAUAGGAGAGGAUAUGCGUCACAAGGAGAGGAAAAAGGGCUUAGUAGGUGAAAGAGGACCUGAGGGAGCAGUUACAUUUCACUUGGUUUAGCAUCUGAAAUCCCAAAGUAAGCAUUGACAUACCAAAAUAAGAAGGGAUAGGUGAGAGUGGGGUAAGUUGAGCCACCCUUGUUUCUAGGAAACCAGACACAAAAUGUGUCAUUUUGACCAAAUGUUUAGGAAGAGGUCAUCAUUUAAUGUCUGUGAGGGAAGAAACCACAUGGAAAAAGUGGUAAGCAAGUUGGGUCCUGCAAAUUUAUUUAAUGUGUUAGGUUUAGGUACAAGCAUCAUGAAAAUUUUAACUAGAUACUUUUAAGAUUGUUCCAUACGUCAGUUGAGGUCUGUAUAAGCUUCAAUAUGAGGUCCUAAACCUAGCAUAAAAGUGCAUCCUUGUAGCUGUGUGGGCUAAUAUAGUCCAAAUGUUUGCCUUGGGGUAAAUUGAGCCAAUGGUUGAGGCAAUGGCCAGUUGAGCAAAUUGAAGUAUUUUCUUCCCUGGUGUAAUGCAAGGCAUUAUCGCUUGGGAUAUGAGAUGACAACAAGGCCUAUGUUAAAAGUGUUUUAACAAGUACAAAGUGUUUGUUAGGUGUUAAACCUGUGUUUUAAAAUAUGCUUUAAAUUAUUUUAAAGUGAUUGUGAUUGGGUUGAAUUGUGUUUGGGAAAUAAAAAUAGACAUGGUUUU